AGCAUCAGCCCUUCUGUGUGCCUGCCUUUGAUCUGAAAGGAGAACUGUGUUUCCAGCCCUGCUGACCCUGUGAACAGCUCUGUGCUGUCCGUGACCUCACUCCAGCAGAGCAGAUCCAAGUGCUUUUGGAAUAACUGGGUAUCUAAAGUCCUGGGCCUGAGACCAGCAUGUGGUUUAGUUCCUGCUGUUUCUAACCAGGCUUGCUCCUUCAUCUGCAAUAAAUCCCUGUAGGAGCUGGGCAGUCCUGUCCCCUCUGUCUCCUGACAAAGCUGUGGCUUGGCCACAGCAAGUGUCACACGCAGCAAUAGUCAGCCCAGGGCAGUCUGAUCCGCAGGGCAUUGAGCACAGGGAGAAGACAAAGCAUGGAAAACAAGCAGAUAUCCUCUGCUUCUGCAGGGCUUUGUUUAACUUCUGUGGGGUUUUGUUUAGUUUAGUUUUGCUUUUGAAGCACAAAAGGUGCUUGUCCAGCUGGAGAGCUGUUGUCCUGGCUGUGCAGGGAGCUCUGUCACUCUUGCUGCUGCCCUUAGCUUGGCCCAGCCACCAGAUUGUGGGUAGGAGUUGCAGAAAUGAGAACUGGCACGUCUGUGAAGUUGCUCUAAAAUAAGAUGAUUGCUUCACCUGUAUCCAUCAAUCUCUUGUGGAAGGGAAGAGCACCAGGCUGCUCCCAGCAGAUCAUCUCGUCUGCUGGUAGGCAGGAGCCCCCCUUGGCCGAGUGAGGCAGCAUGGCAAUGUUCUUGGGGGCCAGGAACGCCCACUCGCUCCUGAAACGCUUUCCCCGAGCCAAUGGCUUCCUGGAGGAGAUCAGGCAGGGCACCAUCGAGCGGGAGUGCAUGGAGGAGGUCUGCAGCUACGAGGAGGUCAAGGAGGUGUUUGAGAACAAGGAGAAGACGAUGGAGUUUUGGAAAGGCUACAGCAGCUCUGUGUACUCUGUCAAGGACCCCGGGCACAGCACGGAGCGCUCUGACGCCAUGUACGUGGUGGUGCCCCUCUUGGGAGUGGCUCUCCUCAUAGUCAUCGCCCUCUUCAUCAUCUGGAGGUGCCAGCUGCAGAAGGCCACCCGCCACCGCCCCUCCUACGCCCAGAGCCGCUACCUGGCCAGCCGGACGGGCCGCAGCCUCCCCAGGGUCAUGGUGUACCGGGAGCGCUCGCAGAGCCAAGGGGAGAGCCAGUGCCCGCGGGAGGCCAGCGGCAGGGCCAGCGCGGAUGGCAGAGCCGGGGGCACGCCCCAGCCAGACAGCACCCUGUGCCCGCCCGAGCAUUCUGUCUCCGUGCUCUCCAGACUGUCCAGUGCCACCCCCCCGCCCUCCUACGAGGAGGUGACGGGCCACCCCGAGAGCAGCAGCGGCGAGGAGACCAGCGUCUCCUACAACGAGCCUCCGCCCAAGUACGAGGAGAUCGUGGCCACCGCCCCUGCCGCGGGCAAAUAGCGGCUCUGCCUCCCUCCUGCCUCUUCACACACUCACACUCACCCAGCCGCCCUCCCUUCGCCGUGCCUGCGGCCCCCGAAGGCGUCCGUCAGGCCCCCAUCUCACCUGUACGACCUGGUGCCAUCACACAAUAGCCUUACCCUCCUAACCAAAAAUAGGCGUCCCCAGGUGGGGUGAGGCAGGGCUGUGGGGUGCCCCUGCAGCCAGCCAGCCACCUCCUGCCCCCCACUCCCACUCACGUAAGUGCUGUAGCAGCCAGAGCAGGGCAGCAGCUUGUUCCUGGCUCAAUGCAGGGGUCUCCCCGCGGUGCAUUUGAUUUCCUCACUUGCCCCUCAAACAGACAUAACAUUUCCCAUGAUUAGAGCAGCCUUGCUGCCUCCCUGGGCUGCUGUUCAGCCUCGCCCCAUGUCCUCACUGGGCCCUGUUCUACUGCUCAGGGCUCUGAUUAGGUGAUGGAGAUGCAGGAUGGGUGUGGCAAAUUUUUGUCCAUCCCUGCAGUUGGUGGGGCCAGCUCUGUGGGGAGAUGGUGCUUCUCCCAGGUGGAUUUGUUGCCCAGCGGGAGUGGGGAGCCUGCUCCACACUGUGGUGCCUGUAGUGCUAUUUGCUGUGUGGAGAUCAGGGAGGAGCAGUCAGGAAGGUGCUCUCUGAUCUCCUAGAUCCCUUUAGAAAGGGAGAAAGGGCUCGUGUGGUGGUCUGGUACUUGAGGUAAGUGACUUUGGAGUAGCAGGGCCUUUUCCUGGUGCUCUCUGCUUUCCCCCUGUGGGUGUUGAGCAGCUGGAGGUCUGGCUGCUGCAGAACUGGCCAAGGGGAUUGCCUCUGACCCCCAGCCAAGUGUGGUCUCAUGGCUUUAAGUGAUGGGGAUUCAGCUCUCUCCUGGAGCGUGGCCUGUCUGGUGUCUGCCCCAGAGCUGAGAGCCUGCAGACAGGCCAAACCUCUCCUCUCCCUGCCCCAAACCUCUCUGCCCUGCCUGGCCCCUCUCUUUGGGGCUCCUUGUCCUCCAGAGCAGCUGAAGCGGAAUGCGAGACCCCGCUCUCCUCCUGACCUCUCGGGUGGGCUGAGUGUUUGGUGUCCAGGGCUGUGGCAUGGAAGUCCUGCUGACACAGGUGGGAGCCACAGGACAGUCAGGAGCAGGGCCAAGCCCUGCCUGGGUGGUUGUGUUGCCAGGGCAGGGCAGAGCCAGGUGCUUUGCUGUGGGACCAGUGUCCCCUUUCCCUGGCUGUCCUUCCCCA